AUGUCUGUGCAGAGCUCACGUGCUAGCAGGGGGGGGGGGGGCGGGGGUGACGGGGGGGGAGGGGGGGGGGGGGGGGCAAGGACUAUGCACCGGACCGCAGUAGAGCGUAUAGAUCUAUAUCUUCUUUUUUUCCUUGUGUCUGUGUGUCUGCGUGUGUCUGCUAUCCUGCAGCUUGGAAACAAAUUGGCUACAUCAAGAAAACGUUUUAUCCUGCCGUCGAAUGAUUGUGCCGAGAAGACGCUUCGUGCUGAUGCACGUCCUUCAUCUCCCCAGCCUUCCGUUCACGUGAUCUGUUCGAGUAUCAGAUGGAAAAUAUUGUCUGUCUACUUUCACCACUGGCUUAUAUUCUGUCGCAAGUUACGCAUGUUAAAGACUCGUCUAAGUGGCGUGGUAUUCCGUGACCUUAUCACCAUCGAUCGACCUACCCAUGCACCUACUGGCCUGAGUGCGGCGUUAUGGGACCAGAUAACAUCUGGAAUGGCCUUUGAUUUCACAUUCCGGGAGGUCUGUCGUCAUGUGUAUUUUGGAAACUGCGAUCCAUCGAUUCGUCCAAAGGUGUGGCCUUAUCUGUUAGGAGUAUAUCCAUGGAAAGCCAGUCCUGAAGAAUUGGAAAAACUCAAUUUUGUGAAUAAAUCAAGGUAUUUUCAUGCCAGAAGCCAGUGGCAAUCGUGUCCAGAUUCAGCUACCAACCCUCACAAGCAGUGGGAAGUGAACGAUUUCCGGAACAACCACAAGCUCAAAAACCCCUCACUUCUUGACAUCAGCCGCGGUGCGCAUUCACGCAGAUGGAGUGCUGAUGUACAUCCUGACGAAAUUAACACCGCAAGAUUGAGGAACAAGUCCACCGAAGUCACGUUCAAUGACACUAACUAA